AUGAGUGGAUCAGACAAGCAAGGUGCUCCGAUUGGAUUCUAUCAGUACGCUGGUGACAACCUCCCGGCAAAGCCUCCAUCCAUCAAUUGGCGCGCCAUACAGUCGAAGAUGUCGUCAUCAGUAGGAGUGUUUAAUGCUGAGGAUAUCCACAAAGAAACGGACAGUAAGGCAUAUGCUAUGGAGGAGGCGGUGGAGGAGGAGGCAGCGGUGGUGGUGGAGGUGGAGGAGGAGGCGGAGGCGGAGGAGGCGGAGGAGGAGGAGGCAGAAUCACCGUUAGAGGUAUGGCAUUCAUCCAUGUAG